GUCAAUAAAGAUAUUCAAAUAAGGCUGCGCGACAGUUAUGGCGGCUCCCAUGUCCUGGAGGAGGCUGGUACACUCAGUCUAUUCUCCGGCUAUCGCCGGAGUUUUUACCCGCAUGUCAGACCGGCUGUUCCGCGUGAGGGACAGACGAAGGGGGUCUUCGGUGCUCCUUCUGGCUCCUCUGCUCGCCGAGACAGACACGGCUCCACGCCGCGUUUCAAGGCCCACCGGGUCAGCCGGAGCUCAGGGCACAGACGGCCUCUGCUCUCACUUUCGAUGGAUGGCAGAGCAGGCUCCUGCCUUCCGGGUCCCUGGGACCCACAUCCAGAUUCUGACCUCCCCUGAGCAGUUCUACCAGGCCAUGAAGUCACGCAUCAAAACAGCGCAGAAGCGAGUGGUUAUGGCAUCGCUGUAUUUAGGAACGGGUCGGAUGGAGCAGGAACUGGUGGACUGCAUAGAAGAAGCUCUGGAACGCUCAGAGGAAAACGCUCACUCCCCUGGCCUAAAAGUCUCCAUAUUGCUGGACUACACCCGCGGGUCACGAGGGCAGGUUAACUCGAGGACCAUGCUGCUGCCUCUGCUGCAGCGCUUCACGUCGCAGAUGCGGGUCUCUCUGUACCACACCCCCGACCUGAGGGGCCUGCUGAGGAUGCUGGUCCCUCAGCGCUUCAACGAGACCAUCGGAGUCCAGCACAUCAAAGUUUACCUCUUUGACGACAGUAUUAUCAUUAGUGGGGCCAAUCUUAGCGACUCGUAUUUCACAAACCGACAGGAUCGGUACGUUCUGCUGGAGAACUGCAGCGAGGUCGCCGACUUCUUCUCUGAUCUGGUGGAGGCUGUUGGGGACGUCUCCCUGCAGCUCCAGCCGGACGACUCGGUCACCAUGCUGGAGGGCAUGGUCCACCCUUACAAAGGCAACCGGCAGGCUUUCUCGGCAGCGGCGAGGAAGCGGAUCAUGGAGGUGGUGAACGCGGCCCGCAUGAGGCAGCAGCUGCUGCACUCUGAGGACUCUGGGGAUUCGGGGGACGUAAGCGAAGGAGAGGAGGACACCUGGGUGUUUCCUCUAGUGCAAAUGAAACCUCUGGGCAUUCAGGUGGACGAGCAGGUCACACAGCGGUUACUGACAAGCACUUCCUCGGACUCGACCGUGUUUCUGACAUCGGGUUACUUCAAUCUGACCCGGACGUACAUGAGGCUGGUGCUCGGCGCCGGAGCCAACUACCGCAUCCUCACCGCUUCCCCGGAGGUCAACGGGUUCUUCGGGGCCAAGGGCGUGGCCGGAGCAAUCCCCGCGGCGUACAUACACAUCGCCAGGCAGUUCUACCAGCAGGUGUGCCACCUGGGUCAGCAGGAGAGAGUGCACCUGCAUGAGUACCACAGACCACGGUGGACCUUCCACGCCAAAGGUCUGUGGUAUUACCUCCACGGGCAAGAUCAGCCUUGCCUGACUCUAAUUGGCUCCCCUAAUUUCGGUUACCGCUCAGUUCACCGCGACCUGGAGGCCCAGAUCGCCAUAGUAACGGAGAACGAGGAGCUGCAGAGGCGACUGCAGGAGGAGCAGGAGAUGUUGUACCGGCGCUCCACGGAGGUGUCCAACUCCACGUUUGAGCAGCCGGACCGAUACGUCAAGCUAUGGGUCAAACUGGUCACCCCACUCAUCAAGAAUUUCUUUUGAGUCUGGAAGGCGGUUUGUUAGACGAGACGUCUCGAUGCCGGCUGCAAAAGAGAUCCUGCGUCGCUGGAGUACGGUCAGCAUGCUGCAUCUUCAUCUCUUCAAACGCUCUCAUGAAAUGCCGCAAAACGAGCACAAUCACGCACACAGAAGAGCAGGUAUAUGCUGACGUGAGAGGUUUUCUAACUCCCGGGUGUCUGUUGUGUAUAUUAAUAGCAGACCUCAUCAUUCUGUGGACUUCUGGUCCUAAAGUGGUUUAAUUCCAGUUAUUUCAAACGUCUACGUCUUUGUUUUUCCGUUAACACUCCCGCACACAAGCAGGGGUUGCAUGAAUUUUCUCUAAGCUGAAUUGAACAGAGUUUGGAAUUUGAUGCAACAAAGUCUCAGCUCCACUCCGCUAAAAGACCUGUGUACAGAUGGACUUUAAGUUUGUAAAUUAAAAGGAGGUUUAAAAGUAA